AUGCCCCUCAAGGACGGAACCUACAUCAUCGCCAGCACUCUCCCGGGCAACCCAGUCCUUGAUAUUUAUAACGCGGCUAACCCCUUCAAUGGCCCCAUUGAGGGUGUGGUCGGGUUCACAAGACAGGCUACCAACAACCAACAUCAGCAGUGGGUUGUAACCACUCUUCGCCGGGGUGUCUAUAGUCUGAAAUCCGUCAUUGGCGACGCUUGGAUCACUGCUCCCGUCGAUGGUAGUGUUGCGCAGCUCGACACAUCCGUAUACAACCCCAUCCAUAACGAGAGUACCCGUUGGAAAAUCACCAACGUCAAGUCUGACACCUACCAAAUUGAGAGCGUGCAAUUCCCAAAUCUUGUCAUGGAUCUCAAUUAUGGUAGCUCCGACGACAACACUCCUGCUAUUCUGUAUCCGGAUCGCCAGACCCCCAACCAGCUCUGGCAGUUCAUACCUAUUGCAAUAUAG